UUGGAUUCCCAAUUAUUCAGAAUCAGAAAUUAUUCUGAGUUGAAAUCAAAAGUAGUAUAAUUAUUUCUAGUUUCUUCCUUUCUUCUUUAUCUUUUCUUUCAUAGUCCGUUUUCUGAACAGAAGCCCUCCCCUUUCUUCACUCCCAGUCUCUCUCUUUCUCUCUCCCUCUCACUCUAAUUGUAUUCGUGAAACUCAGCUCACUGUUGGACAUACACUCUUUAUUCUAUUAGGCAAGUCAAGCUCAUUGGUCCUGCUCAAGACACGGCAAGACCCUCUUUCAUUAGGGUAAAGAUGCACCUGGGAGGAGUGGUUGACUAGUCACCAUGAGUUAAAUUACAAGUGCUUUUUCACUGCUUGCCGAAAUGAGGACCAGUAUGAGGCUAAUUAUUGGGGUGGUGAACUUGCUGCUAUUUCUUUUGCCAUGUAUAAGCACACAGCAUUGCCCAGCUAAAAUAAGUCCUCCAGACCUGGACAGUCCUGAGUCUUGGCCUGUCCAGAAACCAUUACACACGGGUUUUAUGUCAUCUAUCGUUCACUCCUUUUUGAGCUCUGUCCAACCCAACCAUUUCCCUAAAGGGCUUUUCAUUAAAGUUCUAAAGCCCCCUGCCACCAUAGAUACAGCAACCAUAAAAGAGUUUUUGCACUAUGAGUUGGGAUUUUUGGUUUGUGUGGCCAUUGGGAUUCUGUACAUCAUCCUCAUGCCCUUAAUUGGCAUGUGUUUCGCUUGCUGUCGUUGCUGUGGGAAUUGUGGGGGCCACAUGUACCAAGAGAAGACCAAUAGCAUCAACUGCAGACGAAGGAGCUUUUACUGGGCUACUUUUCUAAUCACCAUCCUCAUAUUGGCAGGAAAUAUUUGUAUGUUCUUAAGCAACACCUACACCCACGAGAAUGUCAGGUCUGCGCCAGGUGAAUUCAACAACACCCUAGAAAAUCUACAAAGUUACAUCACCAUUAUUCCUGAGCAAGUAGACGAGGUUGUGAAUGAGACCGUUGUAGUUGUGGAUAAUGUCACAAAUAACAUUAAAGGAAUUGGUCUUUUGCUUGGCAGAGAGAUCCAAAGAGGAAUAGAAGGAUCUAUUAACCCGGCCCUGGACUCUGCUGGUGUAAUGGCACAAGUUCUUCAAAACACCAGUUUGUUCCUGUCCACACUGAAUGCAACUCAGAAAGAGCUGGAUUUGCUACAGACAAACCUGACCGGAGUGAAAACACGCAUCAACAAGACAUUGCACUACCCAGAGUGCAUGAAUUGUAUUGUCUUGCAGACUGAACUGGGCAAGCUGUCCCUGGCCUCAGGCCUUAAUUUUUCCAGCUUCAAUAAGCUCCAUUCAGCUGUGGACCAGGUUCAGAAGACUGAUCUGAAUGCGCAGAUACAGAAAGGGAAAAACUUCUUUGAAAACAUUCCUGCCAAUGUAACUGAAGCAACCAGAGACAGUGUGCAGAAGGUUCAACAGGACCUUCAAACCAUAAAGAGCCAGGUCACAGAAGUAACCAGCGAUAUUCCACUUGACCAAUUGACCACAAUCUCUGACACACUGAGUACUGUACAAGAAAACCAGAACUACAGAUCUUGGAUAGAUCUGGCAGAGAAACUCAGGUGGAAUAUUGCAGUGGUCCUAUGCUGUCUCAUUCUUCUGGUGGUGGUGUGUAAUCUACUGGGGUUGAUGCUUGGCCCGGCAGGACUGGUGCCUAAAGAUGAUCCAACUAAUCGCUCUAGCACAGCAAACUGUGGUGGACUGUUCCUCAUGACGGGUGUAGGCUUUAGCUUUUUAUUCUCUUGGAUCUUCAUGAUAGUAGUCCUGAUCCUUUUCUUAAUAGGAGGUAACAUGUAUACCCUCAUCUGUGUGCCAUGGAAUAACCAGCAACUCUUUGAGCUCAUUGAUACUCCAGGCGUGAUUCCAGGAUUCCAACUGUCUCAAAGCCUAGGACUAAAGACUAACCUCACUAUCAGUGAUGUGUAUAUGGACUGCCAAAUGAACAAGUCUCUAUGGAACACUCUCCACCUGGAGGAAAUUAUUGACCUCAACAACUAUCUUAAUGUCUCCAAAUACACUGGACAGGUGCAGAAAGCGCUUGAGAGCAGCAAUAUCACUUUACCCAGCAUCGUUCUGCUCGAUUCUGAGACGAAGAAGCAACUGAGCAGCUUCUCUGCUAUAGCGAGCAGUGUGAACAUCAGUAGCAUUAAAAUGCAGAAGGUUAUUACUCCAUCAAUAAUAGGUCUUGGUUACAUUGCAGACAAACUGGAAGCUUUGGCUAAUAACCAGACGAAUGCUACUGUUAAAGCUGAACUACAGAAUGAGGCAAAAGACCUGAGAUUCAUCCAGACUCAGUUUAAUGCCACCGUCAACCCUCAGUUGAUGGAGUUAGACUCUCAAACUGAGCAUUUUGGUCACUUAAUGUCACUCAUCAAUGGCACUGUCCAGAACGUUCUGCGGCUUGUCGGUUCUGCUCAGGGUGUUUUAAAUAACAACAUGACGCAAAUGGUGAAAUCGAAACUGACUGAAUUUAUAGACUGUCAGAUUGGAGUGUUCACAGAGCUUGUUGACUGGACCAACCAAACAAUUACUGAGCAGGUAGGACGCUGUGGACCAGUUGCUGUUACUGUCAACAGUGUAGAAAAUAUACUUUGCUCACAGCUUGUGGACUCUCUGAAUGCCUUUUGGUUCAGUUUGGGCUGGUGUAUGGUCUUCCUCAUUCCUAGCAUCAUUUUCUCUGUUAAACUGGCCAAGUUCUACCGCCGGAUGAAGCACAAGGAUGAGUAUUUGGAUAACCUGAUGUUGACUCCUAUCCCACGAGUAAAUCUAAAACCAUACUGAAAGGAGGAACAGUAUUAACAGUACUGUGUAGUCAUUGUUGCCAUACUAAAGGACCUUGGCACAGCCUGAGGAAAUAUACACUGGAUUCUGGGUCUUAAACCUCAGAGCCUGGAAAGUUGCUGCUUUGGAAUAAAAAGGGGAAAUUUCAUGCUAUUUGGAAUGCACACGUUUCGGUUGUGCUUUAGAGAUUUUCCUAGAAUUGAGAUCUGACUAUUAAAGCAUGCAACCUAUCAGACAGAGGCUUUUGAGUUUUGAUCGCUGCUUUUGUGUUUGCACUUUCUCUCACAGUGAUUAUGUAUGUGUUUGGAAUGCAUAUUGUUCAUUUUAUUUUUGUAUUUUUUUUUUUUUUUUACAUUUAAUGAUACCAGAAAGAAUGAAUGGUCAAACUAUUUCAAAUCUUUAUUUCAAAAGUACUGCUGUUAAUAAGCCAUACUACUGACAUUGGAAUUACCUGUUUCAUUUUUUUUCUCUUUUCCUCUCAACCACUCAAUCAAUAAGACAUCCCAUCCACCUCUAUUUCUGUGGCUCUGAUCUAAACUUAGAAACAAAAUCAAUACAAUGCAAGCAGGCGUAAUUGAUAAAAAAUGCUCUUGUGAAGAAGAAGCUUUCAGUAUGUGGUUUUGCCUUUCUGGAGUUAAGUAGGAUUGAUUCUGUCCACUGAGUCUGUGCUGUAAAUGUAAAGCUGGAUAAUCAAAGCCCUUUUAGAACUUUUAGAAUCUGCUGUCUCCUAUGAGCUUCUCGACUGCCUUCGCCUUAUUUAAUCACAGCUUGGCUGGGCUAGCACAGGCUUUUCACACUGCUGUGCUGAACCUGUGUGUUAGGUGUAAAGCAGCUCUUACACUGGUCUGUCUUUCUCCAGCAGCACGUGCCUCAUUCUUCAGUCACACAACAUGGCUGCUCUCACAGGAUCCUGCAUAUCAGUGAACAUUCCAAGCAUAACCAUGCUGCUUAGGACAAAGGAGCAGCAUUUAUAACCCAGAAGACCCCAUUUGCACUCAACACUAACAAAUACAGACACUUUCUUUUUUUUUACAGUUGAGUAAGAACAUACCCACUGAAUAUCUAGGUUAAUACUCAUUAUCUGGGUUAACGGUAUUUGAUAAAUCCACUAUGUGUAAUACUAGGUCUAAUAACUGUAAUCUUUAUGGAACACUGGAGUGCUUCAUUUCUGAAAACUGUAUGCUUAUGCCCUUUACAGUCUUGAAUGAUGCUAUAUUUUUAUAUUUGAACCUUGAAAUUCUGCUUAAUAUAAAUUCUAUUUUUAUGUCAUGGACAGCUGUAAUAAGCAUCUCACUGCAUUUUGCACUAUGUAUGGUUAUGGUGAGACAAAUAAAAUUUCAAUUUAAAUUCAA